CUGCCUUUGCCCAUCUUGCUGCCACCUCACUCCCUUUUUUUUCCGCCUCUACAAACUUUUGAAACUUUGUCCAACUUUCUGCCCCCAACUUCCACCCGGAAGUUCGGCGGGCGGAAGUAGGCGGGGCGAGGGGCGGAAGGCCUGCGUGGCCGAGGGCCGGGCGAUGCGCGGCGCCGGGGCCUGAGGCCCGAGGCCUGAGGCCUGGAGGUCCAGUCCGUUCCCCGGCGCUGCAUGGCGGGCUUGCUCCAGCUGGCGCUCACCUGCAGCCGCCCCGCGCUCCUCGCCUACGGCAACUUCGCCAAGAUCCUGAGCCGCACUCUCAUCACCUUCUUCGACCUGGCGUGGAGGCUCCGACUCAAGUUCCCCUACCUCUACCUGGUGGCUUCCAUGAUGCUGAACGUCCGCCUGCAGGUUCACAUUGAGAUCCACUAAUUAAUUUGCUCGGUGUCUUUGCGUUAAUUCAGUCCUGGACUGUGAAAUUCACGUUUACUCAUCAUUCACUGCUAAUUGUCAAUAACCGGACUAUAUUCGAAUAUGCAGAGUGUGAAUACAUCGGAGGAUAUCAUUCAUAAUUCAGCUCUUGUGCUUUUAUCAGAUGACAGCAGUGACAGAGGGAACAAUGUCUGCAAUAGCAAGCCAGCACUGAGCGCCUGUGUACUUUCCACACAGUCACGGGCUUUCAAUUUGAAGCUUGGAGCCACUUUGUCUUUGAGAGACAGACCUGGGGUGAGAACAGAGUGUGCGCAGUCACUGUGCACUGAUAGGAAAAAGCCCCUUUCUUUAAAAGGACUGCAAAUUCAAAGUCGCACUCCGUCAAGAAUAUUCCAAACUGUGUGUGGCACUCCAAGUGAAGCCAGUGGGGAGAGAAGUCAAGAUGAGCACUUUGUAAGCCUGAACACGACAACAAUAACAGACUGUCUGUGGAGAGCGAGUGAAGCUUUGGAACUCCUCAGGUUACAGUGCAAUCUGGGGGCGGCGUGUGUGCACUUUGCUACUUUCUGGUUGUUGGAGAGGCUGCAGUCAGAGAGGAGAGCGCUAAAAGACAAAUUAAGCUUUUCAUUUGCACAUGGAUUGAACACUGUCACAAGGUGACCUCAAACUCUGAAGAAUGUGUUUCAUUUUGAAUAGUCCCGCAUCAUUCUCUGAAGAAUCGGCAGACUCUGACACAUUGGAGCGCAGACUUUCCGAUCUACAAAUCGCUGUUUUCUGAUCUGAAAUGUUUAAUUUGCAACACAGUGGAUAUGCAUUAAGAGCUUUUCUGCUUGAUGUUCAGUGGCAUGAUGUAGUUAAAGGUAAAUUAAAGUUAUGCAGUACAGGUUCUGCGAUUAUGAGGUAGCCAGUUUCCCAAAUGUAUCUGUUUGUGCAAUUUUGUAAAAAAAAAUCUUUGGUGAGAAGGCUGUUUAAAUCUCAAUAUUUUUCAAGUUUGUUAUAAAUCAUGAAUACAAAUCAUCAAUUUUGUCUUAGCAGCUCGACAGAUUUAUUUUAAAGAUUUGUUCAAUAUAUUUUAACAUCCCAACCCUGUAAAAAAAUUGAGGUGAGUUCUGCUUUUCAUUAACUUCUGGACAGCAACAGUGACUCAGUCCUCUAUCACUGUGGGCAGGUUGUCUCUGCACUAUCAAUCUUGACCCUGAGUCAGUGGAAGGAGUUUUGAAACCCUCAUGUAAGCCAUUUUGGAGAGACAGGAGCUGCAGGUAUCGCCUGGGGAUAAAGGCCUGAGAUAGAAAGAGAGAUUGCACAGGCUGGGACUGUUUUUCCUGGAGGAAGGUGUUCUGAAUGCCUGCCUAUGGCGCACAUUCCUUUGAACCCUUCCUGACCUUGUACCUACCCAAAUAUCUUUUAAACAUACAAACAAGUAACCGCAGAUGCUGGUUUACAAAAGAAGACACAAAAUGCUGGAGUAACUCAACAUAUCUGGAGAACACGGAUAGGUAAUGCUUCCGUUUGAUGCUUCGGUCUGUAGAAUGGUCUCGACCCGAAAUAUCACCCCUUCCUCCUCGCCGGAGAUACCUGUCCCAACCCGAAAUGUAAUCUCUCCAUAGUCUCCAGAGAUGCAGCUGUUACUCCAGUACUUUGUGAAAGCAUCUACUUUAAUGCGAAAAAGUAUCAAAGAGAGCUUUAUCUAAAUGUGAUAAGCCAAACGUGUGGUAAGCCAAAGGUGAUCCGUUUACAUCUGUCAAUAAAAUGAACAGAAGAUAAUGAUGGCCUUUAUAUCGAUGUUUCUGGAGUACAAGAUUAUUUAAAUUGCACCAAAAGCUGGCACUGCUCCUCAGGAAGGAUAUAUGUACUGGUGGCCUUGGGAGAAGUGCUGAGAUUUAUCGGAAUAAAGGCUGGAGUCCAAGGGUUAAAUUACAAAGAGAGAUUACACAAAGCAGCUAUAUUUCUUGGGUAUUUGGAAAUCUAAUUGUAAUUGAUUGGUUUUAAAUAUAUAAACAGUAACCAAUAAGGUCAUGACCUUUUCCUGCUGGUUGGAGAAUUGGGCAGUGGGGACAAAGCCUAAACAUUAGAUUAUAUCUCUGUACAAAUUGUUAGGAAAUACAUAAGGGUCUGUCCCACUUGGCAACUUUUUCAGUGACUGCCCCGGCAUCAUUGACUGACGUAUCAAAUCACAGAAAUAGUCGCGGUGUGACGACACAUUGACAUGUGAUGUUUCCUCAAGCGUCGCAACAUUUUUUAUGUCACCGCUGGAUUUUGAAAUGUUCAAAAUCUUUCGGCAACCCUGAUACAUCAGUCUGACGCCGGCAGUCGCUGAAAAAAUCGCCAAGUGGGACAGGCCCUUUAAAAGCCACGGUAGUUUGGAAUUGUGCUCAGUUACUGCCGUUUUAUGUUUGUGCCAUUUAAGUUGAUAUGAUGUUCAGGCAUUGGGGGGGGGGGUGAGGUGCAUAGUAUGAGGAAUUAGUUUACAAAUCUCUUUGGAGAAAACAACCAUGAAAUAUUGUAUUUCUUUAGAAUUUAGUUUAGAGGUGCAGUGUGGAAUCAGGCACUUUUGCCUACCCAGUCCGCACCGACCUACAAUGCUCCGUGCACCAGUUCUAUCCUGCACAUUCGGGAUAAUUUACAAAAGCCAAUAAACUUACAAACCUGCACCACUUCAGAGUGUGGCAGGAAACCAGAGCACCCAGAGGAAACCCAUGUCACGGGGAGAACAUACAAAUUCUGUACAAACAACACUUGCAGUCAGGAUCGAACCUGGGUCUCUGGCGCUGUGAAGCAGCAACUCUACCACUGUCCUGCUGAGCCAGCCCAUUAAUUCAAUUUGGAAUCAAACAAUAAUUAAACAGGAAGAAGCUAAUAUACAGUGUCCUCCAUAAUGUUUGGGAUAAAGAUCCAUCAUUUAUUUAUUUGCCUCUGUACUCCACAAUUUGAGAUUUGUAAUAGAAAAAAAAUCACAUGUGGUUAAAGUGUAUUUGUCAGAUUUUAAUAAAGGCCAUUUUAAUGCA